AUAAGGUAAAGGUCAGGUCUGGGGGUAAUUCAAAUAGAGAAUAUUAGGAUGGGGCGCUGUACUUACUCGUCUAAAAAUGCCAAAUUAACACAGGUUGUGUUCCAGCAAGGACGGGAGACAAUCUGUGUGUGUUACUGUAACCACCCUUUAUACAUUCCUCCGUGCCAAACCAUAGCCCAUACCUGACAGUCAGGGUGAGAGGUAACGCGGUGCAUUAUUACAGGCACGGUAUAGAGUGUUGCUUUGAAAGGCGCUUUCAGAAUUAUUGAUUACCAACAAAAAGUGAAUUAUUGAGAUCCUUCUUAGUCUUCAGAAGGGUUGACACAAAUAGACACACUAAGACAUUCAAAUCAAUAGUAGGUUUAUAUGUAGACAGAGGGGGGGUUAUAAACAUGCGCAGUGUGCGCGGUCCCUGGACGUUCGAUGGAACCUGUAUUGUUCUCUCAGAAUGAUUCUAGAACACGCACCGUGCUGUUGAGGUGGGUGUCACCGCGCUGUCAGAAAUAACAAGUCCUCGCUCGUAAAUCAGAGCUUUUAUUGCAGCAUUAGCGGGCGCUGUUUGCUUCUCCGCUUUAAUAAUCAAGAUGAUUUAGGAACAGUGGACAGACAGGCAGUCCUCGUCCGGGGAAGCACUAGAUGAUUUCUUACACACUUUCCUGAUAAGCCAUCCACACUGGCAAGAGAAAACAAACCGAAAUAUAAAACAAUAGCGUAAAAACGAUAGAAGCUACAGAAGAAAAAGCUCCCGGAGGCCACCGGGUGCUUUACAAACUUGUAGGGCCGGCGGAGGACCCUGCGCCCUGCUUGAGCAGAACACCUUCCGUACACAGAGUGGAGAGGCAUGCAAACUGUGCAGUGACGUGUAAUAUAUAAAAUAUGGCCUCUGUCUCUUUAAGAUGAGGCUGUGAUGUGUGCAAGGUUCAAGUUGGGGUCACUCGAAGUUUCUGCCCUCGGUUUUACCUUUUAGUUUUAAUAUAGACUGACAUCACAUGGGGCGCUAAAAACAUCGCAGAGAGAGCGCUUUAUCUCCGUGCGCGUUCGUACUGCCAUACAAAAAUAGCCGAGGAAAUUACAAAAAUAAAAAAAUUAUAAUAAUAAAGGAAACUGAUGCUGGACUCAGCACGUAUUUUACAGGAGGGGGCGAGAAAGAGAGAGAGAGACCGAGAGAGAGAGUAAAAAAACCCAUAGCAAUUAAUAAUAAAAAGAGUUGGCGAGAGACUGAGAAACGCUGGCAUGGAUUUUUGGGAGGCUGGCAGUUUGAAGUUGAUACGUCAGAAAUGAGACUCCAGAACACUUCUGAGAUGAUCAUUCAGCCAGACCUAAAGCGGAUGGCAGAAGAAACUGGGCAUCCAGGUGGAGGGCUGACGACAAUGCUGGAUGCUAUGGAGGUCCCGAGUCACGCUAGACACCUGCUCCUGCAACUCAACAACCAGCGGACUAAAGGCUUCCUGUGCGAUGUCAUCAUCGUGGUGCAGAACGCCCUCUUCCGGGCUCACAAGAACGUCCUGGCCGCCAGCAGCAUCUACCUGAAGUCCCUGGUGGUCCACGACAACCUCAUCAACCUGGACCACGAGAUGGUGAGCCCCGGGAUAUUCCGCAUCAUCCUGGAUUACAUCUACACCGGCCGGCUGAACGAGGGGGACCAGGCCACCGAGCAGAACCUGGGGGCGGUGCUGGCUGCGGCCAGCUACCUGCAGCUCCUGGACCUGGUGGCUCUGUGCAAGAAGAAGCAGAAGCGCAACGGGAAGUACGGCCACUUCCGCUCCGCCACCUUCUCCCUGUACGGGAAAAUGACGCGGGGGGGCGGCGGGGUUCGGACCUCGACCCCCGUCAUCCAGUCCUGCUUCUCUGGGGCAGGGGACCCUCCAAGGAACCCCCUUAAAAUGCCUCCCAUCGAAGCCGUGCUCCCUCACCCCUUGACCACUCACACAGGGGAGCUUUACGCCCCCUCCUCUCAGGGCAAUCAUGUCUACCAGCACCAGCACCAGCACCAGCAAGGGAUCCGGCUCUCCGAGAGGGACUGCUCGCCGAUAUACGGCUUGGACUUGACCAAAAAGAGCCCAAGCUCUCAAUCCCAGCCCUCUUCCCAUCACCACCACCAUCACCACCACCAAGACGGUGGCCACGAGAACAGGGUCGACCCCCAGCAGUUAGGCUCCGGCCGCGAGAGCCCUCUCCCCACUCUGCUCGACACCAACGGCGGCCACUAUACCAGGAAAGAGCAGAGCCAGCACUUCCACAACGGCAUGGAGACAGACGACCAUCCUUUGUCUCAGCUAACCCACCCCCACCCCUCCUCCUCCCUGACCCCCCAACCGCACUCCCACAAUCAGGAACCAUUAGGGGGCACCCUCAGUCCCAGAUCUGACCUCCACGGGCAGCCUGAGCCAGGGCAGGAAGUUCCCGAGAGAGGGGGUGGGGUUUACCGCUGGAUGAAGCACGAGCAGCUUUCGGGGUACCCCGAGGACGAGGAGGACUGCGAGCGAGAGAAGGACCCCCAAAACACAAUAGGAGGAUCUGAGGACAGGAAAUCCGAGGGCUCGCUCCCUUCCCAGCACGCCCCGGCAGGGGGCCGCUACCCAGCCUCCCUGGGGUGCGACGCGGAGGACGACAAGAGCGGGACGAGUGAGGAGACGGGCAGCAGCGACGGACCCUCCCCCCCGGGGAACGCAGACCGCUUCCACCUGGCCUACGAGCCGGAAUCCUUCGGGGACAACCUGUACGUGUGCAUCCCCUGCGGCAAGGGCUUCCCCAGCUCGGAGCAGCUCAACGCCCACGUGGAGGCCCACACCGAGGAGGAGCUGUACAGCAAGGACUCGGGCGGGGAGCUCGGGGGUGUCGGUGCCAACAACAGCCUGGGUGGCGGCUACCUGGACAAACCCAGCCCAGGCCUGCCGGGGGAGAUGAUCCGCCCGUACCGCUGCGCCAGCUGUGAGAAGUCCUACAAGGACCCGGCCACGCUGCGGCAGCACGAGAAGACGCACUGGCUCACCCGGCCCUACCCGUGCAGCAUCUGCGGCAAGAAGUUCACGCAACGGGGCACCAUGACGCGCCACAUGCGCAGCCACCUGGGCCUCAAGCCCUUCGCAUGCGACUCCUGCGGCAUGCGCUUCACGCGGCAGUACCGGCUCACGGAGCACAUGCGCAUCCACUCUGGAGAGAAGCCAUACGAGUGCCAGGUCUGUGGGGGCAAGUUCGCCCAGCAGAGGAACCUCAUCAGCCACAUGAAGAUGCACAGCGCUGGGGGAGGAGGCGUGGGGCUCGAUGGCAAGACCAAGGUGGAGUUCAUGGAAGGCAUCUACCCGCUCAGCAAGUACGCCGACCCCCUGGGGCUGAAGCAGGAGAGGGCCUCGGAAAUCCUGGUCCACGCCUCCCAGCACCUGCUCGCCGACUCUAAAGCCAUGGAGAGUCUCUACCCGCUCAGCAAGUUCGCAGCCUCCCACCUGGGCCUCGGCCACGAAAAGGCAUCGGAGGUCCUGAGCCAGGCCUCCCACCUCUCCGGAGGGGAGCUGCGGGCGAUCGACAGGUUCUCACCGAGUUAAAAAAAAAAAACAGACAAAAACCAGCAGCUCCGCAAUCAAAGACAGC